AAGCAGCUUAGCUUAAAGUUAAGGGUUCUUUCUUUCAAAACAAGAAGAAGUUCAGUUUUCCUUUCAUCAAUGGCAACUGAGGGAAAGAAGCUUACCACAAUUCUCAGCAUUGAUGGUGGGGGAGUGAGAGGCAUUAUCCCAGCGACAAUCCUCGCCUUCCUUGAAUCCGAACUCCAGAAGCUGGAUGGUAAGGAGGCAAGGAUUGCAGAUUACUUUGAUUUCAUUGCUGGGACUAGCACUGGAGGCCUUGUUACAGCCAUGCUCAGCUCUCCAGAUCCAGAUGAUCCAUCAAAUCGUCCUUUUUCUGCAGGAAAGAUCCUUCAAUUUUAUUUUGCUGAGAGUCCAAAUAUCUUUCCCCAAAAGCCAAAACAGCCACGACAAAUAGAUGAAAUGUCUAGGUUGGAACACGCUGUAAACCAAUUCGUUCAGUCAAUGGGCUCAAUUCCGGAAGACGAAUAUGGAAGGGAACGUUUGCGUUUUAUGUUUCCCGACUGUCGUUCACUGAUAGACCUUGUUGUACGUCUCUGGAAAUUCGUAUUCGAUCCCAAAUUCAAUGGCGAAAAAUUGAAGGAAGUGGUUGAAGAAAAGGUUGGAGAUAGAAGGCUUAGUGAGACUCUAACCAAUGUGAUAAUCCCCUCUUUCGAUAUCAAGCUUCUCCAAACUGUGGUUUUCUCCACCUUAAAGGCGGCACGUGAUGAUUUAGAAGAUGCUCCACUACAAGAUGUUUGUUUGAGCACUUCUGCAGCACCAUAUUACCUCCCUCUUCAUAAAUUUGAAAUCAACUCAGUAAACCGCAGCAGAAACUUCAACAUGGUCGAUGGUGGUGUCGCAGCCAACAAUCCUACUUUGCUGGCAUUAUCAGAGGUGGCUAAGGAGAUGUCAUUAGAUGGAAAAGCUCAAUGCUUGGACAACAUGGAUUGCAGUAAAUUUCUUGUUCUCUCCCUUGGAACUGGAUCAUCAAAGAGGAAUAACAAGCUUGAGAUCGUAAAUGAAAACUGGGGACCCUUGCUGUGGUUGUGGGGGGAUAAUGGCAUCCCCUUCCUUGAUGUUCUAAUGAAUGCAAUAGAUGCUAUGGUUGACAUAUAUUUGUCUGCUUUCUUUCGAGGCGCUAGUUUUGAGGACAAUUAUUUACGAAUUCAGACUGAUUCCUUGAAUGAUUCCGAAAUUGGCAUGGACAACUCAAACCUAGAAAACCUUCAAAAUCUUGAGAAUAUUGGGAACGAACUUCUGGAAAAGCCUGUUUCUGCCAUGAACCUGGAAACUGGCUUACUUAAACCAAUUAGAGGGGCAGGCACAAAUAGGGCAGCAAUCAUCAAGUUGGCCAAACGAUUGUCAGAAGAAAGGAAGCGUCGCCUAGCUCAAAGCUCUACCUAGUAGCAUUGUGGCAAGAUCCAUCUAAAUAAUCUCCCACUGUCGAAAUUUCCCUUUGGUCGUCUCCUUAUAGAAUGGAGGCAAGCAGUUUCAGUAUUUCUAAUGAAAAUAAAUUCUCUAGCUAGCUUAUUAGCUAGAGAUGCAAGCUCCGUUCAAUAAUUUAGCGUCCUUGUAAUACAAGGAGGCAUGCUGUUUCCGUAGUUCUUAUGACAAUAAUAUCCCCUGCUAGUAGCUAGUGAUGCAAGGUCCAGUCAGUAAUUUCAUCAUUGUUCAAAUUCCCUGUUGUUUGUCAGCUUGUAAGGUCUGAAUUUGGGAGAUAGUUAAGGAUCUAUAGCCCAUACCUGCUUGUAAGUUAUCAAGUGCAUUAAAACGAGAAGGCUUCUUUAA